AUGAUGAAUGCAGACGCUCAGCUUGAAGACCUGUUACAUGCCAAUGGAGACAGCCACCUGUAUGAUCAAAUCAUGCAACUAGGCCACCCACCCGUAGUAAUCUGGUGGCAAGCUGUUGAUGGAUUCAUUCAAGCGAUUGAAAGUGCUCGAGCUAUAGCGGAAGCUCCAGGAGGAGAGACAUUACCACUUGAUCCACUCGCGUUGCCUGCUGUAGUGACCGUGAAGAAGUUCAAGGAAGCUGUGCUCGACUAUAUCAAGCCCAAUGAAAACGCACACCCGUUGGGUACGUCAUGUCUGUUGUGUUCGCUGCCGGAGUCGGUAACGGUGGGAUACAAGUUGUGCGCUCUCGACAAUGAUCCAUGGGUCCUGCGCGUCACUGCUGUACAAGAGUCAAACAUGCUACCAAUCGCAAGUGUCUUCAUGCCGCGUGGUCUCCGAGCGAGUGCACUUGACCAAGUAACACCGUGGCUCAAACCUCAUCUUCGGGCUAGUCUAUGGGAAUAA